AUGUUUCUCCUCCUAGUGAUGCAGAGACCUGGAGCUUUGUGUUUCACUUCAUGGAUCAUAGGAACUGGAGUUCUGUGUUUAACCUUCUUCCAGUUAGCAGGCUCCGAGUCGGACUGUGAGCUUGGUGAGAGGUGCAUCAGGCAGAGUGAUGAAAACUUUAGUAGCUGGUAUAUUUGGUUCCUGACGUUGUUUUUCCUGGCCUUGCUGCUGUCCUGCGGGAUCUGCUGCUGCCUGCAGUGCUGGCUGAAGCGGCUGCACUGCCUCCCCCACCCACGCACCCUGGCUGUCUUUGCGCUCAGCAGCUCCGAUGACUUCUGCGCAAGUGAAGGGCCUCAGCACCCUUUCUCUGGCUCUCCAAACCCUUGCAUGACUGCAGAGAUGUCCUCUUCUGCUGUCCCACAGUUCAGCCUUGGGGAAACUGAGUUGCCUCCAUCCUAUGAGGAUAUUAUGAAGGAAAACAAGCUCUAG